CCGGAUUCGACUGAACCAACAAACGAGACGUCUCGUUGCAGGCGCUAUCAUAAACAUUUGAUAACCAUUUCAACUCCAUACUGCGAACACACAUGUGAUAAGCCAUUCAUUAAACAGUCAGUUUGACUCAUUCUCUUCCAAUCGAUUGUACAGCAAGCCGCUCUCAAGUUCUUAUCGUUACAGUUUUGUAUUCAUAUGCUAAAAUCAUGUCUACGGUUAAUUGCAGUAAUCCAGGAGUAUCCACAGAUCAACAACUAACUGAGAAAAAGUCUCCAUUUAUGUUCGGCUUGGCAUCUACGGUUAAUCGUCAGAAGCAGCUGCUAUUCUCGGAAUAUCGUUCAGAUGUGGUCUUCCGGGUGGGGAAUGCAGAAGAGUUGAUACAUGCGCACAAGUUGAUCCUGACCAUUGCCAGCAAGGUGUUUUAUGCUCAGUUCAACGGAAGCUACGCCGAGUCAAAUCAAGAUAGUUGUGAAAUUCCUGUCAAAAUCGAAGACAUCAAACCGGCAGCAUUUCGGGAGGUAUUGCGUUACAUCUAUUGCGAAGAGAUCUCCCUUACCGCCGCUAACAUUCUGGGCAUUUAUUACGCAUCGCAAAAGUAUGAACUAACAGGGCUGAGUGAUGUCUGUGAAAAAUUUAUCAACACAUCCGUUGUUGAAAUCAACGUUCUGGAAGUGUUUGAUGCCAAUCAACAAUAUGGUUUUAGUAAUGUGAACGAUAGAUGCCUGCAGAUAAUUCAGGAUAAUCCUAUCCAAUGUUUUGAAUCAAAGGAUUUCCUCAAAGUAAGCGAAAAGACGUUGCAUUUAAUUGCUGGUAUGCAAGAAAUUAAUUGUGAUAGGGAUCAACUUUGUGAAGCGAUCGAUAAAUGGUGCAAAGCAAACGAAUCUACCGCAUUUUUCGAGCCGAAGAUAAAGAACAUGAAGUGCCGGAAGCUUUAUUCUUUCUCUGAAUUCCAAUACCAGAGUACUGCCGAUACACGCUUGUGUCUCAAUGUUCAGAAACCAUUUCAUCUGUAUGGAUUAGGCGUUAUUGUCGGUAUCAACUCCCUAAUCCUUGCCACUAAACCCAUAUCGGAGGAAUGGGUUAGUAUUACUGUCACCGUUGAACCAUAUCACGUGACCGCUACUAAGAAAGUUGCUCUAAGGGAAGAUCUAUUUGUACAAGAUAUUGUUUUCAAAAAAUUGAAAAUAUAUCCAAGCUGCACGAUCAAUGUAACCAUAACUGGAAGCAAUACAAUUUCAAAGUUUUUCUGUUUCAACGAUUUCAAACCGAUAGAUACUCUAGGGAAUGUGUAUCUUUCCGUAACCAGCCAAGAGUGCAAAAGUGGAUCAUCAUCUAAUAUUAAUAACGAAGUACUUGUGCCUGACAACAAUGCACUUACUCUCUCCAGACGUAUAGCACGUCAAAACGCGAAUGUACAGAAGUUUACUUUUGGUAGCGUUGAACCACCGAAAAAAGCUAAUUGUGUAGCAUAUCUAUUGUACAAUGUUGAAAAAAAAAUUGACAUACUGAAUACUUUAAAUGGACAAUUCUUCGAAGCAUACAAAAAAACUGCUUCAAAAAAUCUUUUAAAUCCGGAAAGCGACCCGCUGUGAUAUGUGUCGGUUUUUCUUGAAUCUUUUUUCACAGCACCCUGUUUUUAUAAAUAUACGAAUAAAUAAAAAUAAAAAAUCUGUGUCGCGUAAAUAUUUCCCGGAAAACUUA